AUGCUUUCUAGCUCCCUGUCCCGGUGUUACGGUUUACUUCGGAGCCCUUGUUUGAAAAGAAGCUUUCAAACGGGGGUUUUAGCGAAGAAACAAGAGAAUACCUCGCUAUUUGGAUCAAUAACUGAAGGUGUGGAAGAGCAGGCCGACGAUCCGCAAAAGAUCUCCAAUAGGCUUACAGCAACCACCAAUGCGGUUGAAAAUGAGAAUGCGGAUCCCAAAACAUCUGUAACAGUAGCCAACGACAAACUUCUACAGUCUUUCAUCAAGAAAACGCAAUCAACCAUGUUGGCCACUGAUGCACUACUCUCACCAUUUAAGAAACGACUAUAUGAAGAAAACUGUAGAAUUAACGGUGGGUUCUAUAAGAAGGAUACACUUGUGACUUUAACAGAGGAAAACGGACAAAAAUUCAAGUAUAAACUGAAUUUAAGUCGUGAAGAAGUCGAUGCGUUGGAGCCUAGUGUUUAUGUGAAAUCGUACCGAAUUAAAUCUUCCAUGAAAAAAGCAACACAACUUCUAAGAUUGUUGAACGGCUUAGAUGCCAAAGUCGCUUUGACGCAAUGCCACUUCUCAGACAAGAAAAUUGCCCGCGACGUUGCAGAAGUACUUUCACGGGGAAUACAGGAUGCCGAAAAGUUAGGUCUGCAACCAGACAAUCUGUAUAUUGCACAGCUAUGGACCGGUAGUGAUGGAUACUGGCAGAAAAGAAUCGAUAUCAAGGCAAGAGGAAGAAAUGGUGUGAUAACACAUCCUUACGUUCAUGUAAGAUGCAUUUUGAAGACUAAGGACGUCACGAAACGCCGUAUUGCGUUCGAGCAGCAGUUAAAGCAGGAAAGAAGAGCGCCUUGGGUGCAACUAAGAGAUCAGCCCGUAAGAGGUGCCAUGGGAGGCGUUUACAAAUGGUGA